AUGGAAAGGUUUCAUCUGAACACCACUGAUGGGAUGCAAUAUACUACUAAUUUUUCACAAGUGGUGGCUCAUCCCAAAAGAUAUACCGGGUGGAAUUCUUGUCCUCAAUACUGGAUACAACAAAUUAUAUUGGUACAAGUUAACCCGGGACAGACACUCACCAUCAAGUCUCAUGAUGGAAACAUUCAUAAUAUUCAAGGACCCGCAGAUGUACCUCUGAUGUCACCAAGUGGUACUUUGCCAUUAAUAUAUCUUCCUCCGGGUUACACGUUUCAGGUAGUGGAAGAAAAUGGGAUUCGCAAAAUUAUUAUUGUGCCUCAGACAGUUGACUGUCAGAUGAUCAUGCCUGUUCCUGUACCACAAAUAUCACACUUCAUCGCACCAGCCUCUCCUGGGUAUCCACCAGCUGCUCAACUGAUCUAUCCCCCAGCUCAAGGGGAAUUUCCACCACCUUACAUCCAAGAGCCUAUGCUAGAGCAGCUGCUGCCACCACCCCCACUACUGCUGCCACCACCCCUACCACCGUUGCCACCGCCACCGCCACCACCGCCGCCGCCGCCGCCACCACCACCAUCAGCAACAACAUUUAUAUACCCCGAGCAGCAUGAAACCUAUUCCUGUGGAAGAACAAAUUACAACCAACAUGAUGAAAGGGAAAGGGCUACUAAAAUGAAAGAACAUACGAAGAAAAAAAAGAGAGAUUUCCGAGCCGGUAGACACAGGAAUAACUAUAUGGUUAAUAACAUCUCUUUGCUGAUGAACAAAACUAAUGAUAUUUCCAGUGUUCCCGAUGCUCCAAGUACUUACACUGUGGACAAUGCUCAAUUCACCUACACUGUUGACGAUACUUCAAGCACCCACACUGUGGACAAUGCUCUGCAAACCAACACUGUUGACAAGACUUCAAGCACCUGUGCUGUGAACAAUGAUCUGAACAUUUACACUGCUGACAAUACUCCCAGUAAUUACACUGUUGACAACCCUGUAAACACAUCCAUUGUUGAUAAUGCUCCCAGCAAUGUUUCCACUGACCAUAUUCCUAGUGCUUCCACCACAGACACUGCUCUGCACCCUUCCACCACUGAUAGUGUCCUGAGCCCUUCCAGCAUGAAUUAUACCCCCAAGAUGUCCACCGCUGACAGUAAACCCAUACCAUCACCUAUUGACAGUACUCCAAAGCCUUCUAUUGCUGAUAAUGCUCCCAACACUCCAAUCUCUGAAAGUGCUCCCAGCACUUCCAAUGCUGCCAGCACUUCUAACACUGCCAGUGCUCAUGUUGAGAUUAGUCAUGGAAAGGAACAGAGUGCUAUGGGAAACAGAAAUAUCGAGCAGAAACCAGGUGGAAAACGAAGCAAGAGCCCAUCAUCAAAUGAAGCAGAAAAAGAAUGCAGAAUAGAACAUGGAAAGUCAUGCGAUUUCAGCAUUGAAAAACCUAUAGUUUCUGAUAUUCAAACAAGAUCUGCUGUUGUUUCAUGGAAACCACAAGUUUUUGAGAAAUGUAAUCAUACUAAAUCUCCUGUAACAUUUGAAUUGGCAAUAUCUAACAGUGGUAAAAAUGGAAAAUAUAAAAAUGUGUACAUUGGUGAUGAAGUUACAUUUACUCUACUUGACCUACAACCAUCUGUGGUCUAUUUUGUAAGAAUUACAACCAUAAGAGACUCAGCACACAAAACUGUGUCUGAAGUGGUUAGCUUCACAACUCCAGGUUGUGAACCAGACCCUCCACUUGCACCCAAACUGAUUAACCGAUCCAAGAGCAGCCUGAAUUUACAGUGGAAAGGUUCCAAUGAUAAUGGUUCCAAAGUAAACAGCUACCUUUUGGAAUGGGAUGAGGGCAAAGGUGAAGUCUUCAAAAGUUGCUACAUGGGUAUCAUGAAACAGCAUAAGGUCCUCAAACUGAAUGCUUCUACAAAAUAUUCAUUCAGAUUAGCUGCAAAAAAUGAAUUCGGCUUGAGUGAUUUCAGUGAAAUAGUAGUCUUCUCUACAUCAGGAACUAUACCUCAAACACCUUUACCACCAAAGCUAAAAGAAGCAGGAAUCUGUAAUUUGUCACUAGAAUGGUGUGCCCCAACUAACACAAACCUAAAUGACAGCCUUACUUAUGUACUAGAAAUGGAGGAAGCAGGAUCUGGGUUGGGUUUCAAACCUAAAUACAAUGGAUUAGACCUCUCGUGCACUAUAAGAAAUCUUCAGAGAAGUACUACAUACAAGUUCAGGCUAUUUGCCUACAAUAUGGAGGGAAGAAGUAAACCCAGUGGAGAAGUAAAAUAUACUACCUGUCCAGAUAAGCCUGGGUUCCCUAAAAAACCAUAUAUAAAGGGAAAGAUCCAUUCACACAGAGUAAAAAUUGGAUGGGAACCACCUGAUGAUGAUGGUGGGACAUAUAUUUCAAGUUACAGUUUAGAAGUUAGUGGAAAUCUGGAUGUAAAUUCAUGGAAAAUAAUCUACAAUGGAACCACAAGGGAAUUUCUAUAUGAUCACCUGCAACCUGGUACUACGUAUAAACUGAGAGUCUUUUGCACUUCGCCUAUAGGCCAAAGCCAGCCUUCAGACAUAUUGACUAUUCAAACACCCACUUUUUCUCCUGCAUCUUGCUGUCGUCUACCCUUAAAUGGUAAAGCGAAGUCCAAAGAAAACAACAUUCAAUGCGACAAUCCCCCUAAUGGAAACUCUAAUGCACUUGCAAAUGUCAAAGAGGCAAAAGAGAUCCAAGAUGACACAGAAGGGCACUCCAGCUCUGAUGGGAGAUCCAUAUUUGGAUCUCAUUCAAUGAAUUGUGAAACUGUGCCACGCCCGAGACCUCCUUCUGAAUGUGGUAUACCUGUGCUUACCUGCAAAGGUUCAACUUGUGUUGUUGUUAGUUGGGAAAUCCCUGUAUGUAAUGGUGCUGAAAUCACUGAUUACAGACUAGAGUGGGGACAGAUUGAAGAAUCGAUGCACUUGAUUUACACUGGCCCUUGUCUGAGCUAUGAAGUUAAAGGUCUUAUUCCUGCAACUACAUAUUUCUGCAGAGUCCAGGCUGUAAAUAUAGUUGGAUUUGGAAUGUUUGGAGGAACUGGCACAGUAACCACACCGGCAACUGUACCAGCAGUAGUACCAAUAUUGCAUGAAGUUGAAAACAAAGUUCCUGCCAAGUUAGCAUCAUCUUGCAUUGCUGUUCAAUGGGAGGAACCAAAUUGUCAUGGCUCUCCAAUCACUGGAUAUCGCAUUGAAUAUGGAGACAAAAAAAUUUUGACUGUUGAUAGAGUAACAGAGUGUCUUCUGAAAAAUCUGCACCCUGAUACCAUAUACAAAAUCAGAAUUCAAGCUAUCAAUCAUUAUGGACUAAGCCCUUUUAGCCAAUCAAUAAGAAUCAAAACCAAGCCACUACCACCAGAGCCUCCACAUCUUGAGUGUGUGGUCUAUGGACACCAGAGCCUCAAACUGAAGUGGGGUAACUCUUCAAAAAAGGGGUCACUUUCCAACAUUAGAAGCUAUAAUUUGUUAAUGGGAGAUCAAUCUGGCAGAUUUUCUGUCAUUUACCAUGGACCUUGUCAGACUCACAAAGUGCAAAGAUUGAGUGAAUAUACUCAGUAUGAAUUUAAAAUCCAGGCAUGUAAUGAAGCUGGUAAAGGACCACUGUCUGUUAUCUAUACUUUCACUACAACAAAAACCCCACCAGCCACACUUAAAGCACCUAAAUUACAUCAGGUGAAUAACAAUAUUUGUGAGAUCAAAUGGGAGUCUUUGGAGCCAAUAAAAGGAGAUCCCAUUGUUUAUAAUCUUCAACUCAUCAGUGAAAAACAAACUGACCUGAUUUACAAAGGACCGGACACUUCGUUCUCCUUUUCCAACUUUCUCACAAAUGCACAAUAUCACUUCAAGGUCUGCGCUGGACGCCAAUAUCAGAAUUCUGCUGGGUUACAAGAGGUCUGGGGACAAUAUAGUCCCAAGGCUCUUUUCUCAACUCAUAAGCAACAGCCAGGGACUAGCAAAAGCAGUGGAGUAAAGGGGGUAAGCCACCCUAGUGAAGGUAAAAAUGAGAAGCCCAGGAUAGAGAUGAGUGUUGAUACAUUUAUUAUAAUCCUUAUGGUAGGAUUUGCACUAGUUGCCAUUCUGUGUGCUGUCACAAUUCAAUACUUCCUAAUCAAGUAA